CGGUCCCGGCCGCGCGGAGCGGACAUGUGCAGGCUGGGCUAGGAGCCGCCGCCUGCCCCCCCGCCCAGCGAUGUAUUCAGCGCCCUCCGCCUGCACUUGCCUGUGUUUACACUUCCUGCUGCUGUGCUUCCAGGUACAGGUGCUGGUGGCCGAGGAGAACGUGGACUUCCGCAUCCACGUGGAGAACCAGACGCGGGCUCGUGACGAUGUGAGCCGUAAACAACUACGGCUGUACCAGCUCUACAGCCGGACCAGCGGGAAGCACAUCCAGGUCCUGGGCCGCAGGAUCAGUGCCCGCGGCGAGGAUGGUGACAAGUAUGCCCAGCUCCUAGUGGAGACAGACACUUUCGGUAGUCAAGUCCGGAUCAAGGGCAAGGAAACGGAAUUCUACCUGUGUAUGAACCGGAAAGGCAAGCUUGUGGGCAAGCCCGAUGGGACCAGCAAGGAGUGUGUGUUCAUUGAGAAGGUCCUGGAGAACAACUACACAGCCUUAAUGUCGGCCAAGUACUCUGGCUGGUAUGUGGGCUUCACCAAGAAGGGGCGGCCACGGAAGGGCCCCAAGACCCGGGAGAACCAGCAGGAUGUGCACUUCAUGAAGCGGUACCCCAAGGGGCAGGCAGAGUUGCAGAAGCCCUUCAAGUACACCACAGUGACCAAGAGGUCUCGGCGGAUCCGCCCCACACACCCAGGCUAGGCUGCGGCCCUGCGUGGCCUCCAGGCCACCUGGCCCACACUCACACUCACAGAGAACUGCAUCAGAGGAAUAUUUUUACAUGAAAAAUAAGGAAGAAGCUCUAUUUUUGUACAUUGUGUUUAAAAGAAGACAAAAACUGAACUAAAACUCUUGGGGGAGGGGAGGCAAUAAGGAUUUUUUGGUUGACUUGUAACCCCUAUGACGAAAGACUCACGCAAAGGGACUGUUGUCAACACACAGGUGCUUGUCUCUCUAGGAACAGACAACUCUAAACUCGUCCCCAGAGGAGGACUUGAAUGAGGAAAACGACACUCUGAGAAACCAAAGUCCUUUUUCCCAAAGGUUCAGAAAG